AUGGCCGAAUUGGCACUCGGGAUUGUACCACUCGUGGGCCUCGUCAUCACUUCAUACAAGGCUGUCGCGAUAAACCUGAAGACAUACCGACAUUAUUCGAAGAAGAUCAAACGAUUUCAGGUCGCGCUUUCAGUUCAACGCAGUGUCUUUGAGAAUGAGUGCCACUUGUUGCUCCGACUCGUCCUGCCAAAUGAUGAUGCGAUUGACAAGAUGAUGGCUGAUCCUGGCCACGAAAGAUGGACUGAUCCUGGCCUCGACGACGCGAUCGCCCGAUGGUUGGGCAAAAAUCUAGAAGCAUACAAAGGAAGCGUGGAAGCCUGCCAUGAGGCGCUGUGCGAGCUCGAAGAGCAGCUGCGAGGCUUUGACGUAGUCCAUGGGCUACAGCAGAAGGUCAGUCUGUGGCAUGCCCCUCUCCUGUACUUCGCCAUCUAA